AUGGAAGUCCGACUAGCCUUGAGUUUUUCUGAUGAUAAUAAGGUGGGAACAGUUCAACCACUUGAUGAUGCCUUAAUGGUUACCCUUCGAAUAGAAUGGUAUGUUGUAAGGAGGAUCUUGGUAGAUCAGAGUAGUGGUGUAGAGAUCAUGUAUCCCGACCUGUACAAUGGACUUAAUUUGAAGCCCGAGGAUCUAGGUAGCUACGACUCCCCUCUAGUGGGGUUCGACGGGAAGACUGUUAUCCCAAAGGGCCUGAUUAGGCUGCUUGUUCAAGCAAGGUCAGAGGUGGUUGAAGUAAGUAUUAUUGUGGUGGAUGCUUAUUCACCAUAUACUGCUAUUUUGGCAAGACAUUGGCUUCAUGCUAUGAGGACUGUCUCUUCGACUUUGCAUUUGAAGGUGAAAUAUCCCUUUGGGGACGAGGUUGGAGAGUUGAUUGGAAGUCAGGCUAUGGCAAGGCAAUGCCUAGUCGUAGCUAUCAAACACUAG